UUUCGAUUAUUCAUGUGUGAAGGAUGGAACAAAGAACGAUAAAAAUCGUUUUUAUUAUUCUUUGCCAUCAAUUAUUUCCAAUACUUGAUAUAAAAUUAAUUAACUCCCCGUGAAAGAAUCUGAGAGAGUCUAAUAUUAAGCUAGCUAAUGAACUGAGAAUCAGAGUAGCUUGCUACUACCAUUGUUGAUGAUGGGUUUUCUGUUUCUGAUUAUGAUUCUUAUAGUGAUAAGUGAUCAAGUGAAUGGUUCAAUCCAUGACUACUCAAACGAACACUUCACUCACAGCUCCAACGCUUUCUUCUUCCAUGGUGGCAGCGAAGGCCUCUAUGCCUCUUCAUCCCCCAAACCCAACUCCUUCAUCAGGUUUGAAACGGUGAGUUUCAUAAGGCCAAAAGAAUCAGCGAGCAAGCACGGCGUGAUGCAGCAGAACACUGGUUUGGUAGAAGCCAUAAUACUCGAAGUCAAAGACAGAGAACGAAUCGGAGGAUCGUAUCUCAAAUCCGAUUUGAUUUGCUGCGAACCCGAGCUUUCCAGAGAUGAAAAGUGCAACCUCGGUGAAGUUAUCAUCCACAACAACCCCGAUAACCCUGAAUUUCCAAAACGGAUCAAGACUUUCUUUCAGGGAACGAACGAACAAGUUCAAAUGGAGACCCAAACGGUUGGGAUUAAUGCCACCGGAAUGUACUACCUCUACUUCAUGUUCUGCGAUCCUUCUCUAAGCGGCACCGUAAUUAAAGGAAGGAGUGUGUGGAGGAACCCAAAGGGUUAUCUUCCUGGGAAAAUGGCUCCUCUUAUGACUUUAUAUGGGUUUAUGUCUUUGGCUUAUUUGUUGCUUGGACUUGUGUGGUUUUUGAGGUUUGUUCAGUUCUGGAAGGACAUUAUCCAAUUGCAUUAUCACAUUACUGCUGUUAUUGCACUUGGAAUGUGUGAGAUGGCUGUGUGGUAUUUUGAGUAUGCGAAUUUCAAUUCAACUGGAACAAGGCCUAUGGGGAUUACCCUUUGGGCUGUUACCUUCACUUCCGUCAAGAAGACGCUCUCACGGCUUCUUCUGUUGGUUGUUUCUAUGGGAUUUGGGGUUGUACGGCCCACUCUCGGCGGUAGUAAGAUUACCUCAAGAGUUGCGCUUCUUGGUGUGCUCUACUUUGUUGCCUCGCAGGCUCUUGAGCUUGUUGAUCAUUUGGGUAACAUCAAUGACUUCUCUGGGAAGACUAAGUUGGUUUUGGUCCUUCCUGUUGUUUGCCUUGACUCAUGCUUUAUUCUAUGGAUUUUCUCAUCCUUGUCCAAAACCUUGGAGAAACUACAGGUAAGGAGAAACUUGGCUAAACUGGAGCUCUACCGAAAAUUUACAAAUACACUUGCAGUGUCUGUGCUACUGUCCAUUGCAUGGAUUGGCUUUGAGCUGUACUUCAAUGCCACUGAUCCAUUGAGCGAGUUGUGGCAAAUUGCUUGGAUUAUUCCAGCUUUCUGGUCUCUGCUUUCAUAUGCUCUCUUGUUGGUGAUAUGUGUCCUUUGGGCUCCUUCUCGUAACCCUACUAGAUAUGCAUACUUAGAGGAAACAGGAGAUGACUUUGAUGAGGAGGGUAUCUCUCUGACAAGCAGCGUAGCGAAGAUUAAUGCAGAUGUGGCAGCCAAGCUGGAUCGUAAGGAAAGGAAAAGUUCUAGUGCGACAGAUCUUGCUUUCGGAGAAGAUGUUGAGGAAGAUAAGCGAGAAUAAUGUCAAACUUGUAUUGUGGUGUUUCGUAUGACAUUAUUUCUUGCAAGAAGUCUUAUAGAUGUUUAUAUACAUACACAACUUUGUAUGCAAUAGUGUCAUUUGGUGAUGGGGAAACAAGAAGGCAGUGUCUUUAGAUUAAAAUCUUUUAAUUGCAAGUUGUAGGCACCAUACGGGAACAGUUCAUAACAGAUGGUGUGAUGAAAUGCUUCCCCAGUUUAGUUUCAGGUGACAAUAAUUCUCAUGUCUCUAUCUCUGAGCCUUUUAAUAAUCAUCCCUUUUCUUUUGGGGCUUUUCUCAGCAUAA